AUGGCGUUAAAUCUAACUAAUUCAAUCGAUCACCAGUGUGUCAAUGCUCAUUUAUAUUCUCAAAAUUUUGCAUCAGUCAAAUUACGUUUUUCACCAACAAUAACAAUAUUAAUAUAUAGUAUUUAUUUAUUACCCUUUUGUUUCGGUAUAUUUGGUAAUAUAAGUGUAUGUCUUAUAUUUUUUCAACAAAGAAAAUUACGAUCAAUAACAAAUACAUUUUUAAUGAAUCUUUGUUUAAAUGAUUUAAUUGUAUUAUGUGUAUCUAUACCAAUGACAUUAUCAGCAGCAUUACUUGAACAUUGGAUAUUUGGUGCAUUUCUUUGUAAAUUAGUUAAUUUUACUCCAACAUUAACAGCACUUGUAUCAACAUUUACUGUUGCUAUCAUAUCUGUUGAACGUUGGUCUUUUAUUGUUAAUAAAAAAAAAUUUGAUCGGCAUGGUACAAUUGUAACACUUGUUUUACUUUGGACUGUAUCAAUAUUAAUUGCUUUACCUGAAUUUAUAUCUCGACAUAUAGAAGAAUUUGCACCACCACCAUUACAAUUUUCAAUGAUGAAAAUAAAUUCAUCACUAAAUAAUAAUAAUAAUAAUACAGAUUUAUCAACAAUGGAUAUGAUAAAACCAUCAUGUCAAAUGAAAAAAGUCUAUUUUUGUGUUUUAAAUCCUGGUUUACGUAUGCGAAUAUUUUCAUAUAUUGUUAUAACUGUACAAUAUUUAGUACCAUUUUUAUUUGUAUCUGUUAGUUGUUAUUCAAUAAGUCGUUUUCUUAAACGACGUAUGAAACAAAUGCGCGCAUAUCAAACACAUGAUUCAACAAGCUCUUAUAAUAAUAAUAAUAAUCCUAAACGAGAAAAAAAAACAAAAUUACAAUGUCAAAAUUUUCAGUUUGAUGGUAUAAGUGAAAAAAGAUGUACAAGUUAUGAAGAAUUACCUGUAACAAUAAUUACAAAUGAAAAUAAAUCAAAUAAUUUAUUAACAUGUAUUCGUAAUAUAUUUCAAAAUGGUGAAGAACAUGGUCAAAAUUCAAUUGUUUUAGAUCAACAAAGUCAUGCAUUAUCUUCUGAUGUUAAUACAGUAUUGAUGCCAAAAGUUAAAAAUCAAUCACAUAGUGAAAGACGUUUUCAUCGUAGUAGAAAAUUAUUAAUAUGUGUUGCUGCUCUUUUUACUAUAUCAUGGUUACCAUUAACGGUUGUACAAAUUUAUUUAGAACAUAAUGAAGAAAUAACACGUGAUGAACCAAAUUUUGUUUAUGCUUUUUUACUUAUACCUUGUUAUUUGAUAUCAUCACUAUCUGCUUGGAUGAAUCCUGUUAUUUAUAAUUAUAUUAAUCGUAGUUUUCGUCGUGAAUUUUAUGCACUUUAUCCUUGUUGUUGUAAGUUAACGUCAUCAUUAUCAUCACCAUCAUCUGUUCAUGAAAGAACAACAAUACCAUCAGUUACAACAAAACGAGCACAAAUACAAACAUUAAGAGAUAUAGAAGAAAAUACAAUUGUUUCAUUGCCUCGUCCAAAAAACAAAUUAGGAGCACGUUUCAUAACUUUUGCUGAUGGAGAAACGAAAAGUGUAGCAACAGUGAUGAUUAAUGAACAUAUUUGA